AUGGACCAUUCAGAACAAGAGAGAGGGGGGUCUGGUGAAGGACGGGGACAGGGAGAGGAGCAGGUUCAGCAGCUGCAACAGCAACAGCCACAGCAGAAGGCGCAUCAGAUCCAGUACUUCUUGAAUACGCGUGUGACUGCUAUCGAGAGGUCAGGGAGGAAGGACCCAAUUAUUCGGUUUGAUGCGCAGACAAACCUCCCCCGCUUCCGCACAACCCAAUUCCGCGACAUUCGCCGCACCCACGCCGAGAUCGCACGUUUCCAAGAAUAUCUCAUCAACGCAAACCCAGAAUGUAUCGUCCCGCCUCUCCCACCACCCGUGACUUCCGCAGGUGCAGGGACCGAGGAAGAUGAGCGAAGGGUAAGAAUUGGGGUACAGAAUUGGUUGGAUAGGAUUUGCGCGAACCCGGUGUUGAUCCGGGAUGAGGAAAUGGUUCACUUUAUCGAAUCUGAUUUUGGGUACUCGCCAAGCAUCAGCCGACACGCACCAGCGACAGGUCUCCGCCGACACGCCAUAAAACAACUCGCCCCACCCCCAGACAACUCCCCCCUCGCCACCUCCCGCCCAACAAUCAAACAAUUCUACCUCUCAACCCUCGACACUGCUUCCAAACUCGAAAAACUCUCAAAAACCCGCCGCACCCUCUCCGCCGCCGAACUCGAAUUCGGUAACCGGAUUGGUGGGAUGGGUGGUCCGGAGCAUCACUUGGGUAUGUCCAACGCUUUCCGAAAGCUCGGGAAAUGCGUGGAGAAGAUUGCGGAUUAUCACACGGUACAAGCAACAGCCGAAUCUGCAUCUUUGGGAGACCACCUCCACCUCGCCGCCUCCUCCGCCCUCAUCGCGAAAGAAACACUCACCACGAGACAAAUAUUGAUGAGGGAGCUCAUUCACGCGGAAUCCACGUCCCGGAAACAGUUGGCGACCGUAACACGCCUCAAAGCAUCCUCCUCCAUCAACACGCAAAAAGUCGACGAAGCUCUCGCUUUAUUGGAUGAACAGAAAACUUUCGAGACGAAUCUCGCUGCGAAAGUCACGCGGGUUACGAGUAAUCUGGAGGAAGAAGUACAGGCGUGGACGCGUGCUACCGCAAAGGAACUCUUACACGCGAUGAGGGAUCAUGCACGACGAAACAUCGAGGCGGAAAGACGGUUGUUGGCGGCGUUCGAGGCCGUCCGUCCAGACAUCCGCUCGAUCGAUUCUUCGGGGGGUCUCUCACGGUUGGGGAGGGAAAACUUGGUGAGGGCACGGAGUGGAUCGCAUCUUCAAGCAAGGAAAGGGGGGCCGGAUACGGAUCCGUGGAGUGCGCUGCCGAGGGCGAGUGCGGCGGUGACAGAGAGGGAGGAACCAGUGAAGAGUGGGGGUGUGGGGGUGAUUGGGGGAGUGGAGGAGAGGGUUGAUGCGAGGAAUGCGGCGAGUUUGUUGAGUAACUUCUAG